UCCGCAUGCAUUCUUCAGGAGUGGAGAGAGGUCAAAGUUUGAACAGCAGAGUUAUAGUUCCACCAGUGUGAAGAUGAAGGACCCACUGAGCAGCUGUACUUAUAAUCUGCUAUAUCAGGACCUGAAGAGAAUCUCUAAGAAUGGCGAGUAUUUCUGCAAAGAGCUCUUGGCCGUGUUUCAGCAAAGAUCUGAACUGGAGAUCAACUAUUCAAAAGGACUUCAGAAAAUCGCAGGGAAACUCCUUAAAGUGUCGAAAGAGAUGAGCGACAACUCCACAUAUCGUGCGUGGUCCUUCAUAUCAGAUGAAAUGUACGCCUCGGCAGAUGCUCACCGCAUACUGGGACAUGCUCUCAACCAAGAUGCUAUUCAGAAAAUCCGUCAAAUCCUAGAUGAACACGGCAAAAGAAAAAGACCGCUUGACAAUGCCGUUGAAAAGUCAGGAAAGCUUGUUCUUACAAACUGGAGUGAGCAAAUUAAGCUGAAGAAGAAGCUGAUCGGUUUGACUCGAGAACAUGAAGCUCUCUUAAGCUUUGUGGAGAAAAAUAAGCAAAUCAGUACAGAGAAAGAAAAACAGAAGAUGUUUAACAGAUUGACUAAAUCAGCAGAGCUUCAGGCCAGAGUUGAUGAGGAAUACUUUAACACCAACAUGGAGGGUCACCACAUCCGUCUGAGGCUGGAGAACACACUGAAGACCUGCUACCAGAUCGUCCAGGAGCUAGAGAAGCAGAGAAUAGAGACUCUAUCCGAUACCCUAAACAAGUACAGCCUCUUCAUGACUGUAUACGCACAGACCGUCAUUCACAGUCACAAACAGAUCGAGCAGGCCGUACGGAGGGUUGAUGUGGAGAAAGACAUUCAGUCACUGGUCGAGGAUGUUGGCGCUACAGCGGACGAGAACAAAGCUGAAUUUCUCUUGGCUGACUACUUCGAGGAAGAAGGAAAAACAGUGAUGGGAAAAGACAGAAGGAAAGAUGGCAUCAGGACCAAGCUUCAGCGUCUAGAGGACUGCAUCACAAAAACUAAAAGCGACAGAGAAGGUUUAGAGAAAAUGGUUAAAGUAAACACAGAACAACCAAACUUCUCAAACAAAAAAAACCUGGAGGAAACAGAACAGUUACUGGACGAGGCCAUCCUCAAACUGGACCUUUUAGAGGCGACGCACUGCAAACUGACUCACUGUCUGGCGGAGUUAGAGGGAAAACCCAAAUCAAGACAUCGAUUCAGUGACAGCAUCACUAAAUGGAAAGAAAGGGACUGUGAGCACAGCGUAGUGCAGCUUUCCCGGCCUAUGAGGAUCAGAAAGACUCCGUUCAGAUCCCGUCAGUCCAUGAGGACCAAUAAGAGUGCGCUGACCAACCAAAGCCCUGAUAGGACAAGCAAAGAGCCCUUGAAUGAGACGACCAAAGUCGAUGAUCAACAGAGUGGUCCGGUUAAUGGGUGCGAGACUGAAUCUGAAGAGGAUAAAGGUGCAGAAUUCUGCUCAGUCGGCAGAUGCAAGGCUUUAUACAGCUUUACGUCCGAAAGAGAGGACGAGUUAAACAUUACUGAAGGGGACGUACUGGACAUCUUUCAGAAGGACGACACGGGCUGGUGGUUCGGUGAGCUGAACGGACAGAGUGGACAUUUCCCUUCCACGUACGUCGAAGAGCUGCCCGUUUUUACUGCGAUGAAGUCAUCCGAAGCUUAGCUUUAAAAGAGCAUGUGAAAGAAAAAGGUCACUGACCUCAGUGCCACUGAAUUAUGAUUCAUUCAUGCUGUAGAGUUAAACACACUUUAAACGAAUUACUUUCCCAUGACCUUUCCAUGU